UUAUGUUAAAAUAAAAGACGUAUAUGUGCAUUAGAGUGUUAUAUUGUGACUUAGGCCUUCAUGUGUGCGGAGCAGCUGGCCAGAUGUUUCACUCGGAGCUGCUGUCGCUGACCUCGGUGCUGAACACGACGUCAGAUGAACCUGCGCGCACCACAGGAGACACAGACAGCCUCACUCCCUCUUUGAUUUAUUCAAGCUACUCCAAACACACACGCGUGCUUUCUAAACUUUAAGCUUUUUUUUAUUAUUCAUUCUCUCUCUUUCUUUUUUUAAAUUUUAUUCCGGACAGAUCCAUAACAGAUCCACGACGCUGGCUAUCACUUUCACUCCCUUUCGUUUUCCGUCGUGAUGGCACUUGGCGCGGCUACUGUACGCCAGGCAGGAGAGGAGCUGCUGGUGGAUGAAGGCGCGCAGAUCGUUUGAUUCCUCCCCUUUUUCCCCCUCUUUAGUGCCUUUAUUGUGAAAAUUAGCUUCGACUUUUUGGAUCGUCGCCUCCCUGGACUCAGAUUUACCACAACUUGGUUUGUUGUUUUCCGUGUAGCCGCUGCAGUCGGCCAUCCUGCGCCGUAACAUGACGAUUAAGCAGUAAAAUAAGAGUCAGAAACAGGCCUACACACAGAAACUGGAUAUGGAGUCAGUGAAGGCGAGAGCCGCGGCGGGGGUGAAGGAAUUUGCGGGGAAGACCCUGAGUCAUAUACACAGGGUGGUGGAGAGGAAACAGAAAACCGGGGAGGUGAUCGAGCUGACGGAGGAUGGGCGGCCCCGGGAGGCCGCGGAGAAGAAGCCCCCGCUGUGCGACUGCAAAUGCUUCGGUCUGCCGCGCCGCUACAUCAUCGCCAUCAUGAGCGGCCUGGGCUUCUGCAUCUCCUUCGGUAUCCGGUGUAACCUGGGCGUGGCCAUAGUGAGCAUGGUCAACAACAGCACCAUCCACCAGAACGGCAAGAUCGUCAUCAAAGAGAAAGCCAAGUUCAACUGGGAUCCAGAGACAGUGGGGCUGAUUCACGGAUCUUUUUUCUGGGGCUACAUCGUCACACAAAUCCCGGGAGGAUACAUCUCCUCCAGACUGGCAGCGAACAGGGUAUUUGGUGCAGCCAUUGUGCUAACCUCGACUCUCAACAUGUUCAUUCCCUCGGCUGCCCGAUCCCACUAUGGGUGUGUCAUCUUUGUCAGGAUAUUACAAGGGCUGGUGGAGGGAGUCACCUACCCGGCCUGUCAUGGCAUCUGGAGUAAGUGGGCUCCUCCGUUGGAAAGGAGUCGUCUGGCCACCCUGUCAUUCUGUGGCUCUUAUGCUGGUGCUGUGAUCGCGAUGCCUCUGGCUGGGAUCCUGGUUCAGUACUCAGGCUGGUCCUCGGUGUUCUAUGUCUAUGGAUGCUUCGGUAUCUUUUGGUACAUGUUCUGGAUCCUUGUGUCUUAUGAGAGCCCUGCUGAACAUCCCACCAUCACUGAUGAGGAGCGCUGCUACAUUGAGGAGAGCAUUGGAGAGAGCGCCAGGCUAUCGGGUCCGACCGAGAAAUUCAAGACCCCCUGGAAGAAGUUCUUCACCUCUAUGCCCGUCUAUGCAAUCAUUGUUGCCAACUUCUGCAGGAGCUGGACCUUUUACCUGCUGCUGAUCAGCCAGCCUGCAUACUUUGAGGAAGUCUUUGGCUUUGAGAUAAGCAAGGUCGGCAUACUGUCUGCCCUGCCACAUUUGGUGAUGACCAUCAUCGUGCCCAUCGGUGGCCAGCUGGCCGACUACCUACGCAGCAAUAACAUCCUGUCGACUACCACUGUCAGGAAAAUCAUGAACUGUGGAGGAUUUGGCAUGGAGGCCACAUUGCUGCUGGUGGUAGGAUAUUCCCACAGCAAAGGGGUGGCCAUCUCCUUCCUGGUGCUGGCAGUGGGCUUCAGUGGAUUUGCUAUAUCAGGCUUUAAUGUCAAUCAUCUGGACAUCGCUCCACGCUACGCCAGCAUCCUAAUGGGCAUCUCUAAUGGAGUGGGUACCCUGUCUGGGAUGGUGUGCCCAAUAAUUGUUGGUACGAUGACAAAGAACAAGACUCGAGAGGAGUGGCAGUAUGUGUUCCUGAUCGCCUCCAUGGUGCAUUACGGGGGUGUGGUCUUCUACGGGCUCUUCGCGUCGGGAGAAAAACAGCCGUGGGCCGACCCCGAAGAGACCAGCGAGGAGAAGUGUGGCUUCAUAGACGAGGACGAGCUGGCGGAAGAGACGGGCGACAUCACCCAAAGUUACGGUGCCUUCGGAGGUCCGGCUAAGUCGUACGGUGCCACCACGCAGGUGAACGGAGGCUGGGCGUCGGGCUGGGAGAAGACGGAGGAGUACGUCCAGGAGGAGGCGCAGGCAGGAGGCUACGGAUACAGGCAGGAUGAGGGAUACUCCUAGACCAAACACACAUUCACUGACACAUGAGUAGACUUAUUUUCCUGAGUGUGCAUCAGUUUAGUCAUAAAAAAUAUCAACAAAUGAGGAAACUACAAUCCAUUGUUGUAUUGUUUGCACAAUUUCUAAAAAGAAAAAAAAAUCUAAAAAAGCAUCAACUUAAUGUAAAAAUGACUAAAAUGUGUAAAAGAUUCAAAGAUAUUUGAUGAAUAGAGGUGUUACACAUAUCAAAUUGGCAGUCUGUAAAUGUAUUAUUAUGCAUAUUGAUAAUAGAUAUAUUCAUUUGGAGUGCAAUUGUGUGUAAAUGUGAACAUUUUCAAUCCAUCAGCAGUGGCUUCCUGACUUAAACGAAGCCUGUAGGGUUUACAUAGAAGCUGCCCAUCAGACCAACCCCUUAUUUAUCAAAUUAACUGUUACAGUACGACGUCCUAAAAGCCAGCCAUUACAGUGUAUAGAUAUGUCCCUGCACAGCGUCGUAAACAGAAACUAGACACUCUGUUGGUAUAGAUUGUACUGUAUCUCUUCUGAAUGCACUCAGAGUAGUGUGUCUUUUUAAUGCACAAUAUGAUGAGUUUUGUUUCCUUCUCACCGGCUUCUGUGUGUGUAAAAGUCCUGAACAUGUGAGUGACCCGGUGUAGAGAUUUGAGUGGCAUAUUAAUGAGGUUACACUCGCAUAAAAAAUGUAUGUCCGAUGUUUGCUACAUGUGAUCCAUUUUGUACUUCUGCAGUCGAGUGUUUGAUUUUAGCAACUUCAACCCGUCACAUGUCAGCAGUGUAGUGCAGGAGUAAAGCCAUUCUCAUUAUUAUACUCACCAUUACUGUCAGAUGUCUAGUUGUACCAAUGCAUUGUUGAAAGAUUUGUCUUAAAUAGAACAUAUAUGACAGAGAUAACUAGAGAAUAAAGACGUAUAAGAGUUUAUAGAUUAAAUUUAGACCAAAAGAUUCCGUCAUAAACGACCUUGCGAAGGGUUUGUGCAAUGCAACGACUACAUAUUAUCCAAAAUCAGUAUGAGAGUCUUAAUAUAUUAGAGCAGAAAACCUAAUGAUGUUGUAUAAGAAGAGGAAAAAGAUAUUUAAAAUUAAAUAGAAAGAUAUUUACAUGAUCAAAUUGAUAAGAGAGGAAUUUAUAAAGGGAAUGUUUGGAUUUCUUUGAAGUGAGAUUGUGUGCAGCAGCAAAAAAAAUCCAUAAUAAUUUAAGUGUAUACGUUAUUUACAUACUUGUUUACUGCUCUACCUUUCUGUGAGAAAGUCCUGUUUAAGUUUACACAAGGGGGAAAUUAAGUCUUUAUUUAUGCUCUCGUCAAAGCUAACAGGCUCUAUCGACAAAAACCACAAGUUACUGUUAUACCGCUGCCUCGAUCUGUUAGUUUGUUUGUGUUAUUGUGCGUAUUGUGUGAAUCCAAACUAAGUCCUUAAAAGUCACACAAUAACAUAAAUAAACCGAUUUGAGGAUGGUAAAAUUACUAUUUUAUUCAAUGGAGUCUGGUGUCUCAAAAGAAUGUAAACUUAAACUUAAACAGGACUGUCUAACAGCAACAGCAAGUGCUGGAAAGUAUCUCAAUAUGGCACACACUUAAGCUGAUAUAGAUUUUUUUUAGGGGGCUAAAGUACAUUGGUAACACUUUACAAUAACCAUCUAAGUGAUGUUUAUAGAUGGUUUAUAGACCAAUUAUUAACCAUUUACAAAGUGCUAUACAUAUUUAAUCUUUAAAUGUUUUCAACCAAUUU